UAUCAAUCCCACUUUGUCAAUUCGUCCCACGCUCUCCUUUCCACACUGUGUCCAUAGGUUGUUCUUUAUGUCUGUGUCUCUCUUCUAGCCCUGCAAGUUGCAAGGUUUGUAUCUGACCCAGAGAUUCAUCUUUGUCUAAUCCUGGAAAGGGAAUUUUGAUGUGAAACAGUCCGAGAGUUCAGACCAAUCAAAUAAGAAGAGAAAGGGCGGUUGGGGUGCCCGCCGGUGGGAGGAGCUCCUGAGCUCGGCCCUGGAGGCCUCAAGGGUUUAGGGGCCCCUCUGAUCGUGCCAGAGAGCAAGAGAGAGGAACUGGGGUGAGCAAGUGCUGUGGCUUUGUCUGUUUCCUGUUUCAGCAAGGCUGCUGUGCAAAAAGAAAGACAGUACCAGGAAGGGAAAUGCUCAGGGGGCCCCGAGCCAUGGAUUGAGAUCUUGCCCCUUUGGAGACCACAGCCGAGACCUGCCCAGGAGCUGGGAUUCUUUCCUGAGCUGCUGGGGUUGGAGCCUGGGACCUCAGACCCGGGCAGCUAUUCCAGGAACUGGAAGCCAAGCAACAACAGGUGCUCGGGAGGUCAUCAUGAUCGGCCCAGACCCCAGGCCUGCCCCUGGCUUGGCCCGGUGGGCUGAGAGCUACGAGGCUAAGAGCGAGCGCCGGCAGGAGACCCGUGAGAGCCGCCGCUGCCGCCCCAACGUGACCACUUGCCGCCUGGCGGGGAAGGCCCCGAGGACCCAGCAAAGGGAACAGCUCCGGAGAGCGCGCCAGCAGCAGUUUUUCAGACGGAGGAACCUGGAGGUGGAGGAGAAAGGCGAAGCAAAGAGCCCGCCGGCCAGGGAGCCAGGCCCCUCCAGGAUAGGCCAGGCCACUGACCUCAAGGAGCCCUUGUCUUGGGCCAACAGGAUCUCUUCCCCCAGACAGCAGGUGUCAGGGACCAGUUCUGAGGUCUUUGCAACCCAACACCAUCCUCCUUCAGGCGCCUGGAGGGAUCCAGCUGGCCACCGCCCCACCCAGGCUAGUGGCCUUCCACCACAGGCCUCUCCCAUCAAGAAGGCACCCAAACACCACCGUGGCACUCAGACAAAGGCAGGAGAAACACAGUCAACAAUCAAGAAUGAUGCCAGUCAGCAAACCAAUUAUGGAGUUGCAGUUCUAGAUAAGGAAAUCAUCCAGCUUUCUGAGUACCUCAAAGAGGCCCUACAAAGGGAGCUGAUUCUAAAACAGAAAAUGGUGAUUCUCCAAGACCUACUGUCUACCUUGAUUCAGGCCUCUGACAGCACUUGGAAGGGCCAGCUUAAUGAAGACAAAUUAAAGGGCAAACUGAGAUCCUUAGAAAACCAACUGUAUGCCUGUACCCAGAAAUACUCCCCUUGGGGAAUGAAAAAGGUGCUAUUAGAGAUGGAAGACCAGAAAAACAGCUAUGAGCAGAAGGCCAAGGAAUCACUGCAGAAGGUGCUGGAGGAGAAAAUAAGUGCAGAACAGCAACUGCAGAGCACACAGCGGUCCCUAGCUCUAGCCGAGCAGAAGUGUGAACAGUGGAAGAGCCAGUAUGAGGCUCUGAAGGAGGACUGGAAGACCCUGGGCACUCAGCACAGAGAGCUGGAGAGCCAGCUCCAUGUGCUUCAGUCCAAACUGCAGGGAGCAGACAGCAGAGACUCACAGAUGAACCAGGCCCUGCGACUUCUGGAGAACGAGCACCAAGAGCUGCAGGCCAGGAUUGAAUGCCUGCAGGAGGACAGAGACCUGUGCAGCUCGGACACCCAGCACCUACAAGAUCAACUAAAGAGGUCAGAGGAGGAGAAACUCGCCCUGGUGACCAAAGUACAGCAGCUGCAGAGUCUGCUUCAGAAUCAAUCCUUACAGCUUCAAAAACAGGAGAAACUCUUAACAAAGAAAGAUCAGGCUUUGCCUGUGAGGAGCCCAAAGCCCUCCCAUAACGAAGUGGAGCCAGAAGGUCCAGGGAAGGAGCAAGACUUGGAUUUCAGAGACGAGCUCCAGAAGAAAACGCUGCAGCUUCUGGCCAAGGAAAAGGAGUGCAGAGAACUGCAUUCGGAACUAGACAACCUCAGUGACGAGUACCUCUCCUGCCUGCGUAAGCUGCAGCACUGUCGAGAAGAGCUCAGUCAGAGCCGACAGCCGCCCCCCAGAAGACAAUGCGGCCAAUGGCUCCUGAUGCUGAUGGCGCUGAUUGCUAUAGCAGUGGCAGUGAUGCUGGCCAAUAAGGACAGCUUGAUGCUCUAACUGGUGACAGCUGCCCUGGGUGAAAAUCAGGAACAAAGAACUCAAAAAAAAAAAAAAAAAAAAAAAAAAAAACCCAAAGAACUCAGGUUUGGGUACUUUAAGGUCUGGGUUUUCCCAACACAACUAAGAUUUUUGACUAUUUUUUUAACCUGCUGUAAAAAUAAACAAAUAAAUUUCACCU